AUGCAGUCCAGUUCUUCGACAAUCGAGCAUAGCACCGACCUUUCCAAUUUGGCGAUUGUCAUACCCUCUUUGUCAGAUCCUGACCAUUUUCCAGAGGAAUUCGCUCGCAUUGUCCAACAAGCCAAGACCCUCAACGCUUCACGUAGCUGCACGAUCUGUGCAUUCAAGGCUCGACGCGACGCAGAGUCCCCUGUCGUACUGCCCUCUGAACCCAGUGAAAGCGUAACGUCUUCCCAACCUUCGCAGGUUCCAACGUCUGCAUCCCCUACAUCAGGCCGAGCACGAGCAAGAGCGCGGUCCUUAGUAUCUGAUUCGUCCUCCGCGUCAUUUCACGUCACAGGAGUGAAACAGCAUGCUACUCCUACUGAACGUGCUGCAUCUAGUGCCACUGCUCUGUACGAACGACAGAGUUCCCCUACUUGGUCUACUGCCUCAGGAUCUUCUGGAAUGGCACCUGGCUCGUCGGUAUUGGAUUCAACACAACUAGGAUCUCCUACUCCUUCGUCUCCGUCGGCACUUGCAUCAGCCCUGACUUCCGAAACCGUAACUUCGCCUGCAAUCGCAUCCUUACCAGAACUCUCUGCCACGGUCGGGCAAGCUCCUCAGUCCAGUACGCCACCGUAUCCUGGAUUGCGAUUUGAGCCAAUCUCAGCGACAACGUAUAGGGGCGUGCCUUCAGAGAGCUCGUCGCAAUUUGAGCGCUUCAAGAUAUUAUUUCCCGGUGUUAGUUCGUCGCGAACUCAUUCCAAGCACUACAAGAUGUUAUCUCCCAGUGCUGAUCCCCGGGUCAAUAAUGCCAGCCUUUCCGCUAGUGCUGGUGCUACGUCGGCUCCGGGAGAACCUCAGACAGUCGCUCGCUCUGACAAUGCUACGCCCCCUGUGGAUUCAGAUGCCUCAGACGAUUCUACUCGUGCUGACGGUCAAUAUUCAUUUACUGUCCACCUCGAGGGUGCGGAGGCGGGAAAGAAGGCGAUGGGAAAAGGGAAGGACAAAGCACAGAUGAGGACAAGAAAAAAGAACAAAAAGAGACCUCACCCGAACAAGGACAGGAGUUUGAAGUGGGUUUCUCAGCGACCUGUCACUGAAAUCUCCGACGGAAGUAAGGGUGUUGGCGAGGCCGCUACCAGUAAAGUUGAUGAGCUCGACAGGAGUUUGAAGUGGGUUUCUCAACGACCUGUCACUGAAAUCUACGGAAGUGAGGGGAUGGGCGAGGCUUCAACCAGUGAAGUAGAUGAGCUCCUCUCUUCUGACAGUGAUCAUCGUGGGUCUGCUGUGCCCGCUCGUGGGCGUCGCGCGCCGAAUAAGAAGACCAGUCGAAGGAAGAGACCGGAGUCUUCUGUGAGCUCGAAAGGGCAUGCUGAAGAGGUUGAAGAGGAUGGACUGGAUGUCGAUUAGGUGGAAGUGUUUCUUGUGAAGCGCGAGAGGAUCAGUGGGUAUGGUGAGGACCGGCAGCGAGCGGUUAGCUGCCUGAUUCUGCUGUAGUAUCAUACCAUCAAAAUCACUGACAUCGAUAGAGAACAUGA